UUUUUCUAAGAAGAAACAAAUUUCCAUUUUCUUGUCCUAAGAAGGCUCCCCAAAACCUUCUUCUGCGUUGUCUCAUUCACCCAACACAAGUUCGUUCGUUUCAUUCUUGGUUGAAUUCUGAGGAGUUCAUCGAUUUCGAAACAACAUGUCGAAUCCCGACGGCCAUACGCCGAAACAAGAUGUAGGGUCCCCGCCAGCUGGGCCCACGGCCCCUCCGGCGGCUGACGUGGAGAACCAGACCCCCGGGACGAGGUUCGGGGUCCCGGACAUCGUACGGAGAUGGAAGAGAGAGGAUUUCAUUAAGAGAGGCUCAUUGGGCUUGAGGGGGUUGGCUUUGCUGUUUUCUUUGCUGGCUUUUAUCAUUAUGGCCAGUAACCAACACGGCGAUGGGAAGGAUUUUGAUGAAUAUGAAGAAUACAGAUAUGUGUUGGCAAUAGCAAUUCUGUCCACCUUGUACGCCGGCGGGCAAGCGUUGCGACAAGUUCAUGAACUUUGGACCGGAAAUCGUUUGUUUCAACAGCGUACCUCUGCCUUGCUCGACUUCUUUGGAGAUCAGAUUAUGGCGUACCUCUUAAUAUCAGCAGCGUCUGCUGCCGUUCCCUGGACAAAUCGGAUGAGAGAGGGAGCAGACAACAUAUUUACAGACAGUUCAGCGGCAGCCAUCAGCAUGAGUUUCCUUGCAUUCUUAGCGCUGGCAUUGUCAGCCAUGAUUUGCGGAUACAAACUAUCAACUCAAUCUUACAUUUGAGAUGCCUUUUGUUCUUUUUGCCAUCGAUGAUUCUUUAUGUAAUAUUCUUCAUCUUGUUGUUACUCGGUAUGUUCAAUGUUGUAUGUAAAUUUUUGUUUUGAGGGGAGUUUGUAUCCGUAGCCCCUCAUGAACAGUUUGGUAGCUAGAUGUUUGAGAGUCAUACGAGGCAUUAGCUGUCUCUUUCCAUACAUGGGAUUUCACUGUGUAUAUGAAUUACAUUUGGUGAGAACUUUACCUUCUAAUAACAAAAAAUAUUCUUUUGUUUGUGUUUC